AAGGUUAGAUCCUCCAGAUACAAGGUUAGAUACUCCAGAUACAAGGUUAGAUACUCCAGAUACAAGGUUAGAUACUCCAGAUACAAGGUUAGAUACUCCAGAUACAAGGUUAGAUACUCAAGAUUCAAGGUUAGAUACUCCAGAUACAAGGUUAGAUACUACAGAUACAAGGUUAGACACUCCAGAUACAAGGUUAGAUACUACAGAUACAUGGUUAGAUACUCCAGAUACAAGGUUAGAUACUACAAAUACAAGGUUAGAUACUCCAGAUACAAGGUUAGACACUACAGAUUCAAGGUUAGAUACUCCAGAUACAAGGUUAGAUACUUCAGAUACAAGAUUAGAUACUCCAGAUACAAGGCUAGAUAACUACAGAUAGCUAGAUACUACAGAUACAAUGUUAGAUACUCCAGAUUUAAGGUUAGAUACUCCAGAUACAAGGUCAGAUACUCCAGAUACAAGGUUAGAUACUCCAGAUACAAUGUUAGAUACUCCAGAUACAAUGUUAGAUACUCCAGAUACAAGGUUAGAUACUCCAGAUACAAUGUUAGAUACUCCAGAUACAAGGUUAGAUACUACAGAUACAAGGUUAGAUACUACAGAUACAAGGAUAAAUACUACAGAUACAAGGUUAGAUACUCCAGAUACAAGGUUAGAUACUCCAGAUACAAGAUUAGAUACUCCAGAUACAAGAUUAGAUACUCCAGAUACGAGGUUAGAUACUCCAGAUACAAGAUUAGAUCCUUCAGAUUCAAGGUUAGAUACUCCAGAUACAAGGUUAGAUACUCCAGAUACGAGGUUAAAUACUCCAGAUACAAGAUUAGAUCCUUCAGAUUCAAGGUUAGAUACUCCAGAUAAAAGGAUAGAUACUACAGAUACAAGGUUAGAUACUCCAGAUACAAGGUUAGAUACUCCAGAUACAAGAUUAGAUACUCCAGAUGCAAGGUUAGAUACUACAGAUUCAAGAUUAGAUACUCCAGAUACAAGGUUAGAUACUCCAGAUACAAGAUUAGAUACUCCAGAUACAAGGUUAGAUACUCCAGAUACGAGGUUAGAUACUACAGAUACAAGGUUAGAUACUACAGAUACAAGGUUAGAUACUCAGAUAGAAGGUUAGAUACUCCAGAUACAAGCUUAGAUACUCCAGAAACAAGGUUAGAUACUACAGAUACAAGGUUAGAUACUACAGAUACAAGGUUAGAUACUCCAGAUACAAGGUUAGAUACUACAGAUUCAAGAUUAGAUACUCCAGAUUUAAGGUUACUUUCUCCACAUACAAGGUUAGUUACUCCAGGUACUCUGCUGGCGAAUCCUUCCAACCUCAGCUAUGUAUUCUUCUCCUUCCUACCCUCUGUAUCCUUCCCCUUCCUACCCUCUUUAUUAUUCUACUUCCUACCCUCUGUAUCCUACUUCCUACCAUCUGUCUCCUCUUUCUUCCUACCCUCUGUAUCCUUCUCCUUCCUACUCUCUAUAUCUCUCUCCUUUAAGUACUUGAAGGUUGUUGAGGAAAGUUUGAUAUAGGAUUAGUAGAAAACUUUAUCCUAAAAUCUGUUUUCCUUUUAAGUCAAUUAUUACUUAAUUUACGUUUGCUUAAAAUGUUUUUCUCAUACCUUAGUCCUAGAAUAAUAAUUUGGUUGAAAUGUAACUCAUUUUUCAUAAUUCAUAUUUUUAUUCAACUACAAAGCACGAGAUAAUACAAAUAAAAAAUCACAAUUUACUACGGAGUUUGGACCCGCCUAACCAGAGUUGGUUGUUUUGAUUGGUUGGCCCAUUAUAAAGGAAUAAGAAUUGUAAGUAAAUAGAUGGAUUUACACUGUAAGUUUACAUUUUAAACAAAACAAUGAUGAUAAAUCAGGAAUAAAGUAAGGAGGGGCUGAAAAAGUAUAAGGGAAAGGGUGGGUACUCAGCGGAAGGGUUGUAAUGGAGGGUAACAUACAAUAUUAGAAUCAUGUUUAUGAAUUACAGGGUGAAGAAGAUUGCGACUAAGUUUAUCCACAUGAAAAACAGUU